CGUGUCCGUGUGCGGGCAGGGCAGGCGGGGCGGUAGUGGGAGUGGGGAUGGCUGUCAGUGCGCGUUGUGCCUUCCCUGCCCCGCUCCGUCCGACCUCUGGGCACAGCUGCGCUGGUUCUGCUUGCAGAGAGCGCCCGGCCGGCGCUGCAGCACAGCCCGCUGGCCGCGGCGUUACAUUCCCUCUUGUAAAUCGUGAAUACAGGGAGGAGAGAGGCCUUGGGUUUCUAUCACAGGGCUGGAGCCUGGCGUCUAAUUUAGGGGGAGCUUUUCCGGUAAUGACAGCGUUAAGGCUGCUCUCCAGGUUUUCUCAGGCAGCGAAAUCUGUCUGCUUGCCUUCACGGCCUGGAGUCAUCUUCAGUAGUUACAGGCUUUUGAAACUGCAUCCUGCAUUCCAGUCAAUUUUCUAAAAGUUAAGGGCAGUGAAUCUGUUCUUUGCUACCUGAUAGGUGUUAAAAUGGGAAACCUUGGCUCAAGGAAGACUCAGGUGCUUUGUGAAAAUGGAGCCUUAAAAUCUAUCAUUUUCUUCUGGUUCUUAAUGAUCUCACUGAAAAUGUUCCACUUCACAUCUGUUUUUAAAGAGAAACUUAAUAUUUUUGUAGUUCUCCAAGGUGUAUGUAAAUAGAGCAUACAUUUUUCAGCCUCAUCAAGCAAUGGGUAUGGGACACGGAGGUGACCACGGCCACGGGCACGGCCAUGACAAAGUGGAGCUGCCUGACUACAGGCAGUGGAAGGUGGAGGGGACUCCCCUCGAGGAGGUGCAGAGGAGGCUGGCAAAGCGCGGGCUGAGGGACCCCUGGGCUCGUAAUGAAGCGUGGAGGUACCAGGGUGGCUUUGCAAGACCUAUCACUGUAACAGAAAUCUUUACCAGGGGAUUCAAGUGGGGAGCUGCAGCUUUCAUCAUAGCUCUGGGCAUUGAAUAUUCACUGUUUCCUCCAAAGAAGAAUGGAGGCCAUCACUGAAGAUCAAAUAUGACAACUUAAUACUUACUAAUCAUAAGCUGAAGCGUACAUAAGCCUGCUGCUCACUCUGUACUUAUAAUAUGCAUAUUAAAGUCUAUCACAGGCAAA